AUGACCACAGGGAUGAGCACUGCCGGCAUUCAUCGGGGUUUCCUCAAGAAAUAUGGGGGCUUCAUGUUUAAGCAGUGGAAGGAGAAGUAUGUGGUGCUGACCAUGGAGGGAAGCCUGCUGGUGUGUCGCAAUGCUGAGUCCCCUCCAGAUCAUGUGGUAACACUACAAACUAAUUGUGAGUUGAUUGUAGAAGGACGGGAAAUUCUUGACCUACCCAGGUUGCCUUCAGGGGGCAGGAGGGACUGCUGCUUCGCCCUCAUCCUGCCCCAGAGCAAGUUCCUGCUUCUGCUCACAGAAAACCCUGAUGACUGCAAUCUUUGGCUGAAGUGGAUCAGAAAAGUGAGAGAGGGUGUCAUGUCACCCCUGACCCUUCAGAGACAGCACAGCAUCAUUCCCUGUAUCACAGACAGAGACCCCCAGCCUGAGUCUUCUAGUGAUAAAGACCCGGGGUUACCCAAGGUCAGUGAGGGCACGCCACCUCUGUCUCGAGUCAGUGAACGGGGAGGUUCCUUCAGAGACAGAAGCCAAAACCAAGCCAUUGUACCACGAAGGCCUCUGCGUAGUGUUUCUGCAGCCCACCCUCAUCAUGUGUCAGAUUGUCUUCGCCAUGGUAACAGCAGCGAUGCCCGGGCAGUGAGGGCAGUGUGCCUACUGAUGGGAGGGGCAGCAGCCUCCUCUGCUCUGGGGUACCUCAACUCCUGCUCCCCUUCUUCUUCUCUUGCAAGCAGAGCUGCAGAGAUCGCUCAUGGCGCAGGAGGCUUCUCCGAGCUUUCUGCAGGUGACUCCUUCCACGUCUGCAGCCAGGAUGUCGACUCCCCACACUUCAACAGCUUUGACUUUGAAGGAGACUCUGACUUUGAUGCAUUUGACUGUGGAGGAUUUGCUUUUUAG